AUGCCCAACGAUAAAACCCCUUCCUCUCCGCCACGAUCUCCCGGAAUCCCGGUGGUUGUGUCCAUCGAAGAGAAGAAUAAACAAGCAGACGCUUCCAAUCCCGUUCUCUCCAGUUUGCCGCAGAAGUAUAUUCCAUCGACUCCGACUACGAUGCCGUUACCUCCACCACCAGCGUACUCCGAGAGGGAUCGUGAGCAGGGUUUCAUUGGGAGGAUGAAGAGAAAAGUGAGAAGGAACGCUAAACUCAAUGAGGAAAGGGUAAGCCUCAAUCUCCCAUCUUUGCUACUCUAGUUUCGACUUUAAAACUUACUGUUUUCUUUUUUCAGAUCAGUGCUAUUUGUGUUCCAAUCUUCUUGACAUGGCUGUUGGUCGCUUCUUUCUUCGCUGGCCUUCUUUUCUACAGAUAUUUCGGUCACAGAGCGGCCGAAUCGACUUUUUAUCGCUGGUGUGGAACUGAUUACCUGGACAGUGACAUGGAAGAGCCUCAAAGAUUAGAACAAAAGCUUGAGAUCAACCAGGAAGAGGUGAGAUUUAUCAUCCACAUAAUGCUAACUUUCUUUGUCAUAAAAUCUAUGUUGAAUACAUGCUUAUUGGCUUUUUUGCUUUCAGCUUUACGAGCGAAUUCAAGUUCCUAAAUUUGGAAUCAACCGCCCAGCCGUGUUUGUGCAUGAUUUCCGCAAAAACAUCACUGCCAUCGUUGACAUCCUCGGAGAACGUUGCUUCCUCAAGGAUCUCGACAGGUCUCUGGUCGCCCCACCAAAGAACUUCAUCGAUCUUAUUCAAAAAAUGGAGGUAAGUAAUCCUUUUGUUUACACCUUUUAAUUCCUUAAUAUCACAUUCUUCUCCUACUCAGAACACCACAUAAUGUUAAAGAUUAGUAAUUGUCAAUUUCAGAAAGGUUACUACGCCCAAAAUCCUCGAGUAAUCCGCGAGACUUACCGAGUAGGCGAUCGGUUGAAUCCUCUGGAGUUGAAGGGUCUGGGAUCAGCGAUGGUUUCCAAACACUGUCAAGGAAAGGAGGUGUUCAGGUUGGAAAAGGUGGCCCCAACUCCGGAUGAGAGAUUCUACGGACAAAGGAGAAGACGAGGUAAGGAGACGCAGUAAAAUUGACAACUUCAGUUGUCUUUGUAGCUAGAUAUUAAUUUUUGUCUGCUUAUUUUUGGACAUCUUUGAGAUCAAUCAAAAAUAACAAAAGUUGUGUGCCUUUUGCUGCUUCAGAAUACUAACAAACCCUCUUUCAGAUGCUCCAAACUCCCUGAACUUCGCAGUCCUCACUGGCGAGAACGUGGAACUCGAAAAUAUCAUCCUCUAA